AUGUCUCUGCAGAGAGUUGGCGGGCUCGGGCUCGGGCGCGCGCUGUGGCAGAGCGGCAGCAGGACUCCGCCACUCGCGAGAAAAGACAGAAACUUCUCCAGUAAGCGCCUCGCGCCCUGCGCCGCGUGCAGCGCGGAGCAGAAGUGCAAAGACGGACUGUGCAAAGGCGCCUCUCCGCCCGCAGUGCCGCCAGCCUCGCCUACGGGGUCCAGACACCAAAUAGGGGGCAAAGCGCGCAGCGAGGAGUCGCUGAACGUGUCCGGACGCUCCUUCUCAUCCACGGCGCUGAAGGUGGAGCGGAAGUCCUACCUGUGGGCUCGGUACAACGAAAUGAAGCGGUUGGUUCACGACCUGAUCCCACCAGGAGUGUGUAACCUGCUCAAUUCAUCUACCAUCUACGCCAAUAAUGAAGUCAGUCUGUCAGAAGUGGACAUCUAUGGCUUUGACUAUGACUACACGCUUGCCCUCUACUCCAGUGCUCUGGAUGCCAUGAUCUACACCACUGCCCGAGACUUCCUCAUCGAACACUUUAAGUAUCCACAAGCCAUCAGUAAGUAUGACUACCUUCCCAACUUCGCAGCACGGGGCCUUCACUACGACAUUCAAAAGGGGCUUCUAAUGAAGAUAGAUGCCUUCCAUUACAUUCAGCUGGGUACAGUGUAUAGGGGUUUAAAUCCAGUGCCGGAUGAAGAAGUGCUCAGGCUGUAUGAUGGAACGCACCACGUGCCCCUGAACCAAGUCAGUGGUUUCUAUGGGAAGGGUCCGAAUGUUAAGCAGUUCAUGGAUGUCUUCUCUCUACCUGAGAUGACUCUUCUGGCGGUUGCUAACGACUACUUCAUCUCCAAUGACAUCGAGUACGACCCUGUGCACUUGUAUAAAGAUGUCUCGGAGGCUAUUGGCAUGGUGCACAUUAAAGGCUACAUGUACAAGUGGAUCAUGGAGGAUCUGGAAAAAUAUAUUCUCAGAGGAGAGGAGACAUACGCAGUGCUACAUCGACUAGUUAGUCAUGGGAAGAAGCUGUUCCUCAUCACAAACAGCCCUUUCAGCUUUGUUGACAAAGGGAUGAGAUACAUGGUAGGCAAAGACUGGAGAGAUUUCUUCAAUGUCAUCAUCGUGCAAGCAGACAAGCCCCAUUUCUUCAAUGACUGUGCCAAACCAUUUAGACGUUUGGACAGCAAAGGGGACCUGCAGUGGGAUAAGAUCAGUAAUUUAGACAAGGGUCAAGUCUAUAAACAGGGGAACCUCUUUGACUUCCUCCGACUAACAGGCUGGAGAGGGUCCAAGGUGCUGUACUUUGGAGACCAUCUCUACAGCGACCUAGCGGACCUGAUGCUGCGUCAUGGCUGGCGCACAGGAGCCAUCGUUCCUGAGCUGGAGCUGGAGACGAAAGUAGUGAACACGGAGCAGUACGCUCAGAGUCUCACCUGGCUGCAGGCCCUCACUGGACUGCUGGAACGCAUGCAAAUGUAUCGAGAUCCUGACUCCAGAGCUGUGCUGCAGGAAUGGCUGAAAGAGCGAGAAGAACUACGCGCCAGGAUCAAGAACCUGUUCAACCCGCAGUUCGGCAGCAUCUUCCGCACAUACCACAACCCCACCUACUUCUCUCGCCGCCUCUGCCGCUUCUCCGACCUCUACAUGGCCUCCAUCAGCUGUCUGCUGAACUAUGACCUCUCCUACACCUUCUACCCUCGCCGCACGCCCCUGCAGCACGAAGCCCCACUUUGGAUGGACCAGCUCUGCACGGGCUGCAUGAAGACCCCCUUUCUGGAGGAGAUGGCCCACAUCCGCUAAUGGAGGUUUUACCCGAUAUUCGUUCCACUAGUUUGUUUAGAGUUUGCACUGCAUUAUGUACAAUUUAUGAGACAUUGAGGUAUUAUGAAUGUUCUGAGGGACCUGGGAAAAAACUGGAGAAAUUGUUCAUUUUCAUUUACACGUGAAAGGUUAUGUAUCUAGAGACUGGUAUCUAGUUAACUUGUAGUUUGUUCUGUGCAUUAUCAGAGCUCACUCUCUUACAGUACUUUCAACAGUAUGGUACUAAUGUUUCCUUUCAGCUUCAUGGCUUGAUGAGGUUAAAUAAUCAGCAACAGGCUAAAAAGUUCAACUUUUUGUUCACUCUUGAAAAAAUGGUGCCACUAUAGGUUCUCUGAGUGAUGCCAUUGAUGAACCGCUUUUGAUUGCCUAGAGAGCUGUUUGAAAAAGAGAACUAUGAAUGUGACGCACCAUUUGAAGGUGAAAAGAACCUUCACAUAAUGUAAAAAUUCUAUUCUCUGGUAAAGGUUCCUGUACAUUAUGUGAAAGAAAGGUUCUCACUUACAUAUUUUAUUUACAAAAGAGGUUCUCCAAGUAACCAUCAAUUAAAACAUUUUUAGGGAAGCAAAUGAUUCUUGUGUGGUAUCGCGUAAAGAACCCUUUUAUUUUCAAGAGUGUUCUGGAAACAGCCCAUGGCACAAAUAUCCAAAUGAAAGAAAUCUAAACAGACAUAGCCAAAGCAUAUAUAUACUAUACACCCAAAAAGUAUGUGGACACCCCUCCUAAAUUAUUAAGUUCAGGUGUUUUAGCCACCCAUUUCUAACAGGUUCUAAUCAAGCAUAUAGCCAUGCAAUGUCCAUAGACAGACAUUGGCAGUAGAAUGGGCCGUACUGAAGAGCUCAGUGAUGUGGCACUGUCACAGGAUACUGAACGCCUUUGGGAUGAAUUGGAACAUUUGUGAGCCAGGCCUUUUUUGUCCAACAUAAGAGCCUGACCUCACAAAUGCUUUUUUGACUGAGUGGGCACAGAUUCCCACAGACACACUCCAAAAUGUUGUUUUUAAGCCUUCUCGGACUUCCUAGAAGAGUGGAGACAGUUACAGCUGCAAGGGGUUUUGGAAGGGAUAUAACACCACAAGCAUAGAUAGGUGUGAGGUGUCUAUGUCCUUAUAGUACACAUACAUACACACACACACACACACACACACAUAUAAUCACUGCUGUCAGAACAAAACCUUGUAUCUCCAAUGGUAACUUUACAGGAGAAGGAAAAAACAUACUUCACUUUUAAUGUAAGUCAAUGUAACCAGACUUUUUCCAAGUAAUUUUGGGGCCAUUUUUCUUGUUCCUUUCAUUAU